UGGUGCCCUUUAACAUUUCUCUUUACUAAAUGCUAAAACAUUUUGCAUUGGUGGGUCCAUUGUAAAUUUUUUUUUAUUGAAAAGUGAGGUGAGAGAGGGGAGCAUUCAUUUUCUCUCCCAAACCCACUCUUUUAACAACUCUAUAUAUGAACAAGUAACUACUCAAAUUUUCAAAAACAAAAACAAGUAACCAGAAACUAACCGACUCUGUAUUAAUUAAUUAAUUAAUUAAUUAAUUUAAUUUUAAAAACGGCAAAAUAGCUUUCCUAUAUCUUUUUCUGGUCUCUCUCAUCAUCAUCAUCACACUCACCUUCUUCAUCUUCUUCCUCAACCUCGUUCCCACCGGAAAAAAACCCUCGCUCCUCUUCACUCGCCUGCCACGUGGCGGCAUUGUGGAAACCGGAAUGACUGCGACUAUGGAAAGCUUGAUUGAACUUGUUAAUCGUAUUCAGAAGGCUUGUACUAUGCUCGGUGAUCAUGGCGGUGAUUCUACUUUGCCUACUCUUUGGGAAGCUCUUCCUUCUGUUGCCGUCGUUGGCGGCCAGAGUUCUGGAAAAUCGUCCGUUUUGGAGAGUAUUGUUGGCCGUGAUUUUCUUCCCAGAGGAUCAGGAAUUGUCACUAGGAGACCGUUAGUUUUGCAGUUGCACAAAACAGAACAAGGUGUACAAGAGUAUGCAGAGUUCCUUCAUUUGCAAAAUAAAAGAUUCAUUGAUUUUGCCAUGGUUCGGAAGGAAAUUCAGGAUGAAACUGACAAAAUGACUGGGCGGUCAAAACAGAUUUCUCCAGUCCCCAUUCAACUCAGUAUUUUCUCCCCAAAUGUUGUCAAUUUGACUUUGAUAGAUUUGCCUGGUUUAACGAAGGUUGCUGUAGAAGGACAACCAGAGAGUAUUGUUAAAGACAUUGAAAACAUGGUUAGAUCCUAUGUUGAGAAGCCAAAUUGUAUCAUUCUGGCCAUAACUCCAGCUAAUCAGGAUAUAGCAACAUCUGACGCUAUCAAGCUUGCUAGAGAAGUUGACCCCACAGGUGACAGGACAUUUGGUGUGUUGACAAAGCUUGACUUGAUGGAUAAAGGAACAAAUGCCUUGGAUGUUCUCGAAGGAAAAUCCUAUCGUCUUCAACACCCUUGGGUUGGUAUAGUGAACCGUUCACAAUCCGAUAUAAACAAAAAUGUGGAUAUGAUUUCUGCUCGGAUAAGGGAGCAUGAUUUUUUUGCCAGUAGUCGUGAUUACGGGCACUUGGCAAACAAAAUGGGAUCUGUAUAUCUUGCAAAACUUCUCUCUAAGCAUUUAGAAUCUGCAAUUAAAGCUCGCCUCCCAGGAAUUUUGUCUUUGAUUAACAAAAGCAUUGAUGAAAUUGAAAGAGAGAUGGACUAUCUUGGUCGGCCUGUUGCUGUAGAUGCUGGGGCACAGUUAUAUACUAUCCUAGAGCUAUGUCGUGCAUUUGAUCGGGUAUUUAAGGAGCAUUUGGAUGGAGGACGACCUGGUGGGGAUCGCAUUUAUGCUGUAUUUGACCACCAGCUCCCUUCUGCUUUGAGGAAGCUCCCUUUCGAACGUCAUCUUUCUUUUCAAAAUGUAAGGAAAGUGGUUUCUGAGGCAGAUGGCUACCAACCUCAUCUAGUUGCACCCGAGCAAGGUUAUAGGCGCCUUAUUGAUAGUGCACUUAAUUAUUUCCGAGACCCAGCCAAAUGCUCUGUAGAUGCUGUUCACUUUGUUUUAAAGGAACUUGUGAGGAUGUCAAUUGGAGAAACUAAGGAACUGAAACGGUUUCCAACUCUUCAAACUGCAUUAUCAACAGCGGCAAAUGAAGCACUGGAGAGGUUUCGUGAGGAUAGCAAGAAGACAACUUUACGAUUGGUGGACAUGGAAUCGUCAUACCUAACUGUAGAAUUCUUCCGUAGACUUCCUCAGGAACAGGAAGUAGGGAAUGUGGGAAACCAAGUUGCUUCGUCUUCUUCUGGAGACCGAUAUUCAGAGGGGCACUUCCGCAGGAUUGGAUCCAAUGUUUCCUCCUAUAUUGGAAUGGUUUCAGAGACACUGAGGAAUUCUAUUCCAAAGGCUGUUGUUCACUGUCAAGUCAGAGAGGCUAAGCGGUCUCUACUUGAUCACUUUUACGCCCAACUGGGCAGAAAAGAGGGUAACGAACUUGCUCGACUGUUGGAUGAAGAUUCAGAAUUAAUGGAAAGGAGGGUGCAAUGCGCAAAGCGGCUUGAGUUGUACAAGUCGGCCAGGGAUGAGAUUAACCAAGUAUCAUGGUCCAGAUAAGGUGCAAUCUAAGUGUAGCCCUAUAAAGAAACUUGUAUAUGUUAAUAGCUAGCUGUAGGGUGUGGCUAACAUUUGAAAAAAUGGGGUUACUUUACUUUUGAUUUAAUUUGGCUUAUAGCUCCAGUACACUUUUUUUCUUCUUCUUCAUGUAAAUGGUUUGAGAUUUUACUUAGUAUUGUUAGUUCAUUAAUUUUCUUCAUUCAGUUUCUGGUAGCAUUGCUGCUUAAUCUACAUAUAUUAAUAUUGUGAAUUGCACUUCAUUCAUAGUUUUGGAACAGAAUACGAUUUGAUCAAAUGAUGUAAAUAUUUUUUUU